ACGGAUUGAAGUUUCGUAACUUGGGAUAUAAAUAUUUGUAUUUCUCCAAUUAAUUUGAAAACGUUUUUGAGAGAAAGGAAAUUGGUAUAAGGAUAUAAUCUUUUUUUCCUUACAAAAUGGAUACAAAGUUUGACGUUACUUUGAGAUAUGAUGUUCAUUUAUUGAAAUAUGUAAAAGUUGAUACACAUUCUAAGACAGUUCAUACCGGUUGGCUUAAAGACAUUGAUCCCCUUACAGGAAAUUUAGUAUUGGUUAAUUUUAACGAUAACGGUUCCAGAAAUGAAUCUGUAAUUCUGAUUAAAGGACAUAGUUAUAAAAGUGUAGAAGUAGUGCGCGAAGAUGAACUUAUGAAGAAUGCAAUACAGCAUUUUUUCGAUGAAGAAGCUGCAGAGCGUUUGACAACCCCAGCAAGCGAUAUUAUUAAACGUAAGAAGCGUUUAUUAUCUUGGUUGGAAAGAAAUCGCUUAGAAACUAAAGAGUCUGAUGACAACAUAAUUGUUUGCAACUCGGUUACAAUUCACCCACCUUAUACUUCAGAAGAUUGUGUAAGCUCUAAUGGAAGAGUUCUAGUAAUGACAAGAAAUUUAAUAUCAAGUAUGCCAGAAACAUCGGAAGAAAAUCUUGACAGUGACUGAGAUUUUUAAUCUAAAGAAAGAAAAUGCACAAACCUGUGUUCUUCUGAGGGAAAUUAAAAAUAAUUUCAUUUUGGAUCAUCUUUAGAUAUUUCAUUCAUUCAUUGUAGUUUGAUUGUUUGUAUCUACAUUUUCCUUUUGGAAUAUUUUGCAUUUGUAUGUUGUCAACAUCAUAAUUAAAAUGAGU